UGCUAGGUUGCAAAUAAGGACUACCCCAGGUAUUUAGUUUAUAGUUUUAGUACAAAUUUGAAGACAGAAUUUCAUGUUGUUCUAAUAGUCAAAAACCAAGUCCCUUGCUGCUAAAUAAAUAAAUAGUGCAACCUGGGUUUCAUAGUAACAGAAUAAAUCUCUUUGCUUUGUGAUUAUUUUGGUGGAAAUGAGUGAUCCCAAGUAUGCAUAUCCCUACCCUGCUCAAGGAGGUUAUUAUCAAGGUCCUCCAGUGAUGGCACCGCCACAAUAUGCUGCUGCACCACCACCAAGAAGAAAUACUGGCUUCCUUGAGGGAUGGGACAGGACACGGAGACAUGGACAACACUUGUUUAAAAAGUGUUUGGAAGCAGAGACAUGGACAGUGGACAUAUUAUCUCCGGGACGGUUUUUUAUAAUUUUGUGUCCACUCUUUCACGAAGGACAAUGAUGGACACGGAAUUUGGAAGAGUGGACACGGACAAUUUUAUAAAUUUUGUUUUCCUUUUUUUCCAUUAUUACCCCUUCUUAUUUUUUCUAUUGCGUUGCUUUAAAUGCAAAAACUAAUUGUUUUUUCAUGUAAAAAUGGAUUUUUUUUAAAAUUAAUUUUUUAUUUAAAAUUAAUUUGGUUAUAACUUAAACAAAAUUUUUUAUUAAU